GGGCGUUUUCCAGCCGCCGGCCAGGGACGAGCGCCAAGGCUCCCAGCCGCCGCCAGGGCCGACUGUGCACGCCUAUGCGCGCGCGCCUUGCGUGGGGCCCGUCCGAGCGCCAAGGUGCCCGCGCCAAGCGCGAGGCGGAGACCGCGCCGAGCACCGCCGGUGGGCCGCGCCGCGCGCUGCCACGAGCCCGCGCCGAGCAGCUCCUUGCGCAGGGGAGCCGCGCGCCAGGGCCAUGCCACGCCCGCCUCUUUUCGCCAGGAGCCCGCGCAAGGACGCCUGCGCCGGGGAGCCGCGUCCGUAGCUGGCCGCGCGCCUGGUGCGCGCCAGGCCGCGCCGAGCGCCCUCGCCGGGGCGGAGCCGCCUGCGCCAGGGCAUGCGGCCGCACCAAGCGCCGGCCGUUGCCGAGCGCCCUCGGGAGGUGGCCAUACCGCGCCCGCGCCGAGCGCGAGUCGCGCGCGCGCCGGGCUUGUCCUGCGCCCGCGACUCCAGGAGGCUGCGCCGAGCCGCUGACCGGAGCCACUGCUCCUCGCCGUCGCAUUGCGUCGAGCGCCGCCAGGGAGGGGGCCGCGGCCGAGCCUGGCAGACGAGCCAUGGCCGGGUCGGGGCCGACAUUGCAGGUUCACUGCAUGUCCUUUGCUCCAUGCCGGAGAGCAGUGCCACGCCAGAGCACUGGGCUUGCAGCGCCAUUCCUCCACCCCCCUCCCCCAAACGGCCGACACAGCGGCCGGAUCGAGGGCCAUUAGGCCCUCCCAUUGGAGGAGGAAGACGGGGCCACCCCAUUUGGGCGAUGGCCUGUGAAGAUGAUGCGUCCACGCGGAGCAUCGACGGCACGAGGGGGCUGUCCACGACGGGCAGCAAUGGUCCCGACGACCAUAGGCACUGGUGGAGAUGGCGAAUGACGAGCAACUGCUGCUGCAGUGGGCGGAGGCGGUGGUGGUGCUGCCAAAUCGACAUCCAUAGGGGCCGAUGCAGACGAUCCCGCGUCAAACACCGGCGCCGGUGGCGACGGGGAUGCAGUGGGGAGUCCACACUCCACCACCGGCAGCGGAACCACCGCUGUCCAUCCAUGGAGAACGCAGAAGUGCACAUUUUGCACUUGCACACGGCGUUCAGGGAUCUCGUGCACCGGUGGGAGUGCAGUGGCUUGCCCAACGGUGAACGCUUCCAACAUUGCAUCAUCAACAAUAUGAAGAACUUCGCGCAUACGGCGUAUGCGUAUGGAAACGUGCUCAGUGGUAAUCAGUGGAGAGACAAGAGCAAAUGAGACAAAUGACUGGUGUUGUCUGUUUAUUGCAGGGAUCUUCAUAUAUAUACAUGUGUACAAAGGGCAUCAGACCCUUGGAUCAAAUAACCGUAGAAUCAACGGUUGGAUGGGUCUUGAUCAUAUAUUACAUUGUUUUGUAACAUAUCUUACUCCAGCUGAGUCUAGUGCUCUCAUCUCUCUCUCGUGUGUGUAGGAGUCCACUGGCGGCCGGAUCUCGUACGUCGUCGACGAUCGUUGGUGCACGUGCGAGUAGCAGUGCAUGCUGAUGGACGAGUUGAAGUAGCUAGCGGCUAACAUAUGCACGCGCGCAUGAAGCAAGUUUGAUCUAUCUUUCUGUCUAUAUAUGUUAAUUUUAUAUGUAUAUAUAAUAAUAUAUCUAUCUAUC